CGCGGGAAGCGGCUCCCCUCCUUUGGCUCCGCGUCGUCUCUCCCGUCUCCGCCGCCGGGGCCGCUUGUUGCACCGCCCGCGGCCUGCGGGAGUCGCUCGCCCGGCCCGGCGCCGGCCUUGCGUUCGCGUCUGCACCUCCUUCCUCUCGUCCCCGGGCCCCGCACCGAGCCCUGCUGGCGAGACCCCGGCCCGACCCGCCGCCCGCACAAAAUGUCGGCCCGGACGCCAUUGCCAACGGUGAACGAGCGGGACACAGAGAAUAACACAUCUGUGGAUGGAUAUACUGAACCACUCAUCCAGCCGACCAAAUCAAGUAGCAGACAGAACAUUCCCCGGUGUAGAAACUCCAUCACUUCAGCGACAGAUGAUCAGCCUCACAUUGGAAAUUAUCGUUUACAAAAAACAAUAGGGAAAGGAAAUUUUGCCAAAGUGAAAUUGGCAAGACACGUUCUCACUGGUAGAGAGGUCGCUGUGAAGAUAAUAGACAAAACUCAGCUAAAUCCUACCAGUCUACAAAAGUUGUUUCGAGAAGUACGAAUCAUGAAGAUAUUGAAUCAUCCUAAUAUAGGUGAAGUAUUUGAUUACUUGGUUGCCCAUGGAAGAAUGAAAGAAAAAGAGGCCCGUGCAAAAUUUAGGCAGAUUGUAUCUGCUGUACAGUAUUGUCAUCAAAAGUGCAUUGUUCACCGGGAUCUUAAGGCCGAAAACCUUCUCCUUGAUGCCGAUAUGAAUAUUAAAAUUGCUGACUUUGGUUUUAGUAAUGAAUUUACAGUUGGGAACAAAUUGGACACCUUUUGUGGAAGCCCGCCCUAUGCUGCUCCCGAGCUUUUCCAAGGGAAGAAGUAUGACGGGCCUGAAGUGGAUGUGUGGAGUCUUGGGGUCAUUCUCUAUACACUUGUCAGUGGCUCCUUGCCAUUUGAUGGCCAAAAUUUAAAGGAACUGCGGGAGCGAGUCUUACGAGGGAAAUACCGUAUUCCCUUCUAUAUGUCCACAGACUGUGAAAAUCUUCUGAAGAAAUUAUUAGUGUUGAAUCCAAUAAAGAGAGGCAACUUGGAACAAAUAAUGAGAGAUCGAUGGAUGAAUGUUGGUCAUGAAGAGGAAGAACUAAAACCAUAUUCUGAGCCUGAACCAGAUUUCAAUGACCCAAAAAGAAUAGAUAUCAUGGUCACCAUGGGUUUUGCACGAGAUGAGAUAAAUGACGCCUUAAUAAAUCAAAAAUACGAUGAAGUUAUGGCUACUUAUAUUCUUCUAGGUAGAAAACCACCUGAAUUUGAAGGAGGUGAAUCCUUAUCCAGUGGAAACCUGUGUCAGAGGUCGCGGCCCAGCAGCGACUUAAACAACAGCACCCUUCAGUCCCCUGCUCACCUGAAGGUCCAGCGAAGCAUAUCAGCAAAUCAGAAGCAACGACGUUUUAGCGAUCACGCGGGCCCAACCAUUCCCCCUGCUGUGUCAUAUACCAAAAGGCCACAGGCUAACAGUGUGGAAAGUGAACACAAAGAGGAAUGGGACAAAGAUGUGGCUCGUAAACUUGGCAGCACAACAGUCGGAUCAAAAAGCGAGAUGACUACAAGCCCUCUCAUAGGGCCAGAAAGAAAAAAAUCUUCAGCUAUUCCAAGCAACAAUGUGUAUUCUGGAGGCAGCAUGGCACGAAGGAACACAUAUGUCUGCGAAAGGACCACAGACCGAUACACGGCCGCCCUGCAGAAUGGAAAAGACAGCAGCCUUACGGAGAUGUCUGCGAGCAGCAUAUCUUCUGCAGGCUCUGCCGUGGCUUCUGCUGUGCCCUCGGCUCGACCUCGCCACCAGAAGUCCAUGUCCGCUUCCGGUCACCCUAUUAAAGUUACACUGCCAACCAUUAAAGACAGCUCUGAAGCUUACCGACCCGGUACAACCCAGAGGGUGCCUGCCGCUUCCCCGUCUGCUCACAGCAUUAGUGCCGCCACUCCAGACCGGACCCGCUUUCCCCGAGGGAGCUCCAGCCGAAGCACGUUCCAUGGGGAGCAGCUCCGGGAGCGACGCAGCGCUGCUUACAAUGGGCCACCUGCUUCGCCUUCACAUGAGACGGGCGCGUUUUCCCACGCCAGAAGGGGGACAUCAACUGGUAUAAUCAGCAAAAUAACGUCCAAAUUCGUUCGCAGAAGUACAUCAGGGGAACCAAAAGAAAGAGACAAAGAGGAGGGUAAAGACUCCAAGCCGCGUUCUUUGCGGUUCACGUGGAGCAUGAAGACUACUAGUUCAAUGGACCCCAAUGACAUGAUGCGCGAAAUCCGCAAAGUGUUAGAUGCAAAUAACUGUGAUUAUGAACAAAAGGAGAGGUUUUUGCUUUUCUGUGUCCAUGGAGACGCUAGACAGGAUAGCCUCGUCCAGUGGGAGAUGGAAGUCUGCAAGUUGCCACGGCUGUCACUUAACGGGGUCCGCUUCAAGCGAAUAUCGGGGACAUCUAUUGCCUUUAAGAACAUUGCAUCCAAAAUAGCUAAUGAGCUUAAGCUGUAAAGAAACCCAUAUUUACAGGAUCAGGGAUGAUACAUCCAUAUAUGAGGUACAGGUUUUGAAUGUACUGGUAACUGCCGAAUGUGAUGGGCCUGUGAAACUCCCUAUGUAGAAUUUGCCCUUAAUGCAAUAAGGUUAUACAUAGUUAUGAACUGUAAAAUUAAAGUCUGUAUGAACUAUAAUAAAUAUCUGUAGCUCAGAAACGUAGGUUCACAUGUACAGGUAAGUAUAUUGUGUAUUUCUGUUCAUUUUCUGUUCAUAGAGUUGUAUAAUAAAACAGAUGAUUGCUUAAAAACUUGUAUAGUUGUCUAGAUUUCUGCACAUAAAUGUAUGUUUGAUGCUUUGAGUUGAAAAAUGUUCUUCUCUGUUAUUUACAUUUUGGUGGGUUUUUAAAAUUCUUACCUCCAUCAUGCAGUUUUGAAAAUUGUGUCCAGAAUUAAAUGUACCCAAAAAUAGUCUUUACACUUGUAGCAUGGACUUUUAAAAAUUAUUUUAAAAUCAUAUAUCGGUUUAAACCAGAAGCUGAUAAAUAGGUCAGCUUUUAUUAUACACAGAAUUAUUCCUGCUUAUUCUUUGCUCUCAUCCUUGUUAUCAAACAAGGUUUGGUUGAAACGAUACAAAAUGUUUACAGUGUUGGCACUUACAGUUUUUAAAAUAAAGUACAUGAAAAUAAAUAAUAGCUUUGCCUUGAGCUAACUACGAAGAAGUACUGGGGGAAAAUUAAACCUAGGUCAAAUUUCUUUUGAACGUCUAAGUGUUCUCUGGCCCACUGCUAACUAUAGCAGCAAAAUUAAGAAGAAUAAAUACUUCAUCUGACUAUUAACGAUGUAGACUGUCGCUUAGGUUUGCUGCCUUCAGAACACCGCAGUGUAAUUGUGGAAAUAUAAUAUUGGGACUGUUUCACUGCACAAGCUCAUUUUUCCAGUGCUGAUCAAUGCAGCAGUUAAGAAAUAAUGCCACCUCAGGAAUUAACUGGCAUCGGGAACGUUUGCCUCAUCAUCCUUCCGUUCUCUUCAUCCACCCCCUGCCACGGUAAUAUCUGUAAGUACUUAUGAGACUUUUGAGCAAAACAUCCUAUUUAUAUAACAGUAAUGUUAUUGUUUUAUGCUUACGGGGUUGUUCAGUUUGUUCCCAUGUAACCUGUUCGUUUUUAAUAUUUUGCCAGAUCUCUUGUAUUUAUUCCACAUCAUUAUGCCUAUAAUGUGCAGCUUUGUAACUGGGCAUUUGCCUACUUUUCUUUCCUAAUGAGUGAUAUAUGCGAUGUAAAACCACUAGUAAAGGUACAUUUUAAUACUUGUUAUUUUAUACUGAAUUAGCCUUGGAGGUUGACUGUGCAAUGUUAUUUAAUGUUGUAAUUACUCUAAUAUCAACAUAUGGGCCCCACCUACACACUCCCGACACAUAGAAAGUGUAUUCAAAUUUUAUCAGUUUAAAGAAGAAUAAAGCUGUGAUAAAUACUGUCAUUCUAACCUACAUUCGGAAGCUCUAAGAGUAGGUGAUGUGCCAUUCCAUAAUGGCUUCCAGACUAGGAUGAAUUUUAUGUUCUGUACUGUAACUGUGACGUAGCUUUCUUCUGUAACAGUUCUGUUCUAAAAUGAAAUGUAGUUUUGCCUUAGCAAAGGGUAGUGUUUGGGGGAAGAAGAAAACAACAACAGCUGUGUAGCCCCUUUUUAACCUGGUGUUCAUUCCAAACAAUUGAUGCAAAUCUUCAUUCACUUCCACUGGUGCACCCUGAACUUCUACUUGAACAGUCCUCAUAAUAAAGCCCUUGUCUUUCGCUCUUU